CGCCUCAAAUCCGUGCCCUAGAAUUGCUCGUGUCUGGGCUGGGAGAGUAGUAGAAAAAACCUAAACACAACCUCUACACACAAACUCGAACCAGUGUCUCACUCGUACACGCAAUAUUCAUAUAUGCAGAUAUAGAUAGAUAGUUAGAGAGAGAGAGAGAGGGGCUAGAGUAAGAGAAGUAGUAGAGAGAGAUGGAGCAUCUAGACCAAGAGCAGGAACAUGAGGUUUACGGGGGAGAAAUACCAGAUGGAGAUAUGGAUGCCGAUGUCGACAUGUCUAGGGCUGAAGAGGAGGAUAACUCCAAGGAUUUGGAGGACAUGAAGAAGAGGCUCAAGGAGAUCGAGGAAGAAGCAGGAGCCCUGCGCGAAAUGCAGGCGAAAGUCGAGAAGGAGAUGGGUGCCGUUCAAGACUCUUCUGGUGCCUCUGCUACUCAAGCUGAAAAGGAGGAGGUGGAUUCGCGGUCCAUUUAUGUUGGUAAUGUAGACUACGCAUGUACACCUGAGGAGGUCCAACAGCACUUCCAAUCUUGUGGGACUGUCAAUCGGGUCACUAUUUUGACAGAUAAAUUCGGUCAACCGAAAGGAUUUGCUUAUGUGGAGUUUGUGGAGGUUGAAGCUAUUCAGAAUGCCCUUCUUUUGAACGAAUCAGAGUUGCAUGGGCGCCAGUUGAAGGUGUCUGCAAAACGAACUAAUGUACCUGGAAUGAAACAGUAUCGAGGAAGGCGUCCGAAUCCAUAUUUUGGCUUUCCAUCCCGAAGGCCCUUCAUGCCCGGUCCACCUUUCUAUCCUUCAUUUGGAUAUGGAAGGGUUCCAAGGUUCAGGCGGCCAAUGCGGUACAGGCCGUACUAAUCGCGUAUCUUGCAUUUGUGGGUCUGAGGAUACACUCUAGUUUUCGUAAUUUCCUCAUUUGUGAACAAAUGAAUUGCAGAGUUGAGACAUUUUAGGAGACUUGAUUUCAUAAGAACUUGUACCAUGAUAUGCACACCAGAAAGACAGACCCGCUUUCUUUUCUUUUUGUUCAGUUUUUGUAGCUUACUAUAGGAGUCAAUGGAUUUAAGUUAUUUGAUUAUGGAUUUAAGUUAUUUGGUUGCA